GAUUCGCGGAAACGACUCGGACUUCUUAUCGUUGGUUGUGAGGGGACUGUAGACUGGAGCGGAAGCUCAGAGUGUUGUCCUUCCUUCUGCCCGACUCUCAGGAUGAGGAUCGGUCGCAGUUUGUCUGUAUGUCUCUGAUCAUAUCACACCAGCAGCUCCUCUCCCACCUCCCGAAUGCAGAUUAACAGGCAUGCCAAAGGAAAAAUAUGAUCCUCCAGACCCACGCAGAUUAUAUACCAUCAUGUCAGCCGAGGAAGUGGCCAGUGGGAAGAAGUCACACUGGACCGAGUUGGAGAUUUCUGGGCGGGUCAGAAGUCUAAGCAGCUCACUAUGGACGCUGACCCAUCUGACUGCUCUCCACAUCAACAACAACAACCUGAGCCGGAUUCCUCCAGAAAUCGCAAAGCUACCCCAUCUCGUCUACCUAAACCUGUCCUCCAACAAACUGCGCAGCCUGCCAGCAGAACUCGGCAACAUGGUGACUCUCAGGGAAUUGCUUUUGAACAACAAUUGUUUACGAGUUUUGCCUUAUGAACUUGGUCGGCUGUUCCAGUUGCAAACCCUUGGACUCAAAGGUAAUCCAUUGUCCCAAGAUAUACUCAACCUGUAUCAGGAGCCGGAUGGAACAAGGAAAUUAUUGAAUUACAUGCUUGACAAUCUUGCAGUCCACCCAGAACAACUCCCCCAACGACCUUGGAUCACUUUGAGGGAGCGAGACCAAAUGAUGCCCACAGCUGUGUUCACAGUAAUGUGCUACAACGUACUGUGCGACAAGUAUGCAACAAGACAGUUGUACGGCUACUGUCCCUCAUGGGCCCUUAACUGGGAGUACAGGAAGAAGGGCAUCAUGGAGGAGAUCACUAACUGUGAUGCUGACAUCAUCAGCCUGCAGGAGGUGGAAACAGAGCAGUACUACACUUUCUUUCUGGAAACACUGAAAGAGCGUGGAUAUGAUGGCUUUUUCUGUCCAAAAUCUCGUGCCAAACUCAUGUCAGAACAGGAGCGGAAACAUGUGGAUGGCUGUGCUGUGUUCUUCAAGACCGAGAAAUUUGCUCUGGUGCAGAAACACACAGUGGAGUUCAAUCAGGUUGCCAUGGCAAACUCAGAGGGCUCGGAGGUUAUGCUAAACAGAGUCAUGACCAAAGAUAACAUCGGAGUAGCUGUCCUGUUGGAAGUGAAGAAAGACUUGUUCGCUAGUGGUCUAAAGCAGCCUUCAGAGAAACAGCUCCUGCUGGUAGCUAACGCCCACAUGCACUGGGAUCCGGAGUACUCGGAUGUGAAGCUCAUCCAGACUAUGAUGUUCCUGUCUGAGCUAAAGAGCAUCGCUGAGAGGGCAUCGGGAUCCAUCAACUCUGCAUCACCCACGUCAGACAUCAGCUCCAUCCCUAUCGUCCUGUGCGCUGACCUCAACUCGCUUCCAGACUCUGGUGUGGUGGAGUAUCUGAGUAAUGGUGGAGUUGCAGAAAAUCACAAAGACUUUAAGGAACUGCGUUACAGCGAUUGUCUAACCAACUUCAGUUGCAACAGCAAAAAUGGAAAGCCCGAUGGCAGUAUCACGCACAGUUUCCAGCUGAAGAGUGCCUAUGAGGGGAAUCUCAUGCCCUACACCAACUACACUUAUGACUUCAAGGGUGUGAUUGACUACAUUUUCUUCUCUAAGACACACAUGCGUGUUCUGGGUGUUCUGGGUCCACUGGAGACUCAGUGGCUGAAGGACAACAGCAUAACGGGCUGCCCCCACCCACACAUCCCUUCCGAUCACUUUUCCCUCCUGGCUCAGCUGGAGUACCACCCGCCCUUACCCCCCCUCAACGGGCUGCAUCUGCCUGUCCACAGGUAGUGCAGCCCCCCUUCCCCUACUCCUCUAAAUCCCCAAACCAUGGAUGAACCCCUAUGAUGAGCCCCUA